AUGCUGAACUUGAAAGCAUGUGUGAGAUUGUUGGCCAUCUUGUUGGAACUUCGGGGCUUGAGAGCUCAAACGACGGUUGUGGGCGCGUCUAGUUCAUCAAAAGUGAUAGAAGAUCCAGCGAGCCUUGUUUUGCCAUUCAUCGGUACCACUAAUGGAGGGCACGUUUUUCCCGGUGCGACCCUACCGCAUGGAAUGAUAAAGGUUGGGAUGGAUACGGACUCACCGGAAAAUCACGGGGGUUACGAUGCUGAUCCAAGGUUCAAAGCGAUCGGAUUCUCUCAACUUCAUGAUAGUGGUACUGGUGGUUCCAUCCCACUCUCGAAUUUCAAGAUCUUCGGCCAUAAAGACACAGACUGCUCUUCGUUCGAAAAAUGUCCGACCUCUUUGUUCACACGGGCAACGGGACGAAGAAUUCUUCCAGAUGGCACACCAGACGACUUUGCCUCUCCCGGAUAUUUCUCAACAAACCUCUCAAAUGACAUCCGCGUCGAACUCACCGCUACACGUCGUGCCGCUCUCCAUCGUUACACGUUCCCUUCCAGCGUAGCUUCACCUCAUAUGGUAGUCGACAUUACCAACGACGGGCAACGGAGCAGCCGUGACGCGGAAAUGAGUCUUGACCCCAAAACAGCAAGAGUCCAAGGUGGUGCGACUUUCAGUGCGUCGUUUGGGCCUGGGUCGUAUCAGGCUUUCACAUGUGUGGAUUUCAGGGGUGAAGGGUUUGAUCUGGGGACACCUGUACAGUUGGGAGUUUGGUUGUAUGAUACCACGACUACGGGGGCUACGGACCUGAAGCAGGUGCAUGCUGGUUCGGGAGAUGAAGCCGGAGCGAUAUUUGGGUUCAGGAAAGCACCUAGCGGGCCUACUAGUAUCCUUGCGCGAGUUGGCGUAUCAUUAAUCUCAUCCCAACAAGCGUGCUCGAAUGCAGAAGAAGAGAUUCCCGAUUUCGAUUUUGAUCGUGUACAUCGGGACAAUCGAGCAGAGUGGAAUGAGCUGCUUGGACGUGUACAGGUGGAUACUACCGGUGUAUCUGAGGAUAUCGUCAAGUUAUUCUAUUCUUCUCUCUACCGAAGCCAUAUUUCUCCAGCAGAUUACUCUGGAGAAAAUCCUAAAUGGAAUUCAACAGAGCCGUACUACGAUUCGUAUUACUGCAACUGGGAUACUUACCGAACGUUAUACUCCCUUUUGGCCCUCCACGACCCAGUAAAUUACGCGAGAAUCGUGAGGGCUAUGGUUGAUAUACAGAAACAUGAAGGAUGGCUCCCAGAAUGUCGAGGAGCUACCGCGCAACAGUGGAUUCAAGGUGGAAGUAAUGCCGAUCCGAUUCUGGGAGAGUUCUGGGUCAAGUUUCAUGAACGAGCAACAGCGCUGAACGUUUCUGGGGAUGAUCUAUACAACGCUUUACUGGCUGAUGCAGAGAACGAACCUCCGAAUUGGAAUUUGCAAGGAAGACAGGCGAAUGCGUGGAAGACGUUUAAUUACAUUCCCCACGACUUCUAUGAUUCAGGAGGUGAUAAACAAGUCUCUCGGACUCUCGAGUAUGCUUUCGGUGACUUUGCGAUUUCUCAAGUGGCGAAACUCCGAGGGAAUCCUGAGGAUGCUGCGAAGUAUGUUCAACGCGCCGGAAACUACUUCAAUGUUUGGAAUCCUAACAUUACCGUACCGGGUACACCUUCUGUUCGAGGGAUGAUGCAGCCACGAACAUCCAACGGAACAUUUGACUAUACCGAUCCACGACAUUGUAGUAUUCAUGAUCCUGAAGGAUCCACUUGUUUCUUGGGUGGUAAUUUGGGUGGAUUUUAUGAGGGGUCACCUAUCAUCUACUCGCAGUAUGUCCCCCACGACACCGCACGUUUGCUCGACCUCCAGGGUGGUACACAAAGCUUCGUCGACCGCUUAGAUUUCAUUUUCGAACAGAAGUAUUUCGAACCCACAGACGAACCCUCUCAACAGAUGCCAUUCAUGUACCAUUAUGCGAACCGACCUGGGUUGAGUACGCAACGGUCGAGACAGGUAAUUGCGCAGCAUUUUGAUACGACCGUGAGGGGGCUUCCGGGGAAUGAUGAUUCCGGUGCGAUGGGAAGUUACGCGGCAUUCUACCUCGCUGGGCUCUAUCCUCUCCCGGCUACAAGGCAAUUCCUACUGUCAUCGCCGUACUUCCCAUCCAUAUCAUUUUUCAACCCGGUAUUCAACUCUACCACAACCAUCAAGGCAAUCGGAUUCGAGGGAAAUCCGGAAGAUGGAACUGGAGGAAAGGUGUUUGUAAAGGCAGUUAGUGUUAACAGAAAGCCGUACAAGUCGAACUGCUAUUUGGAUUGGGAUGUUUUCAUCAGUGGAUCGACGGUUGAGCUCACGCUCACGGACGAUAUUGGCGUUACAUGUGGUAACGGGCGAGAUGCGUUGCCGCCGUCGUUAUCGACCGGUGGGUACGAUUAA